GUGGAGCAUAAAAACCUCUACAACAGAACAGCUCCCAAUUUGCUUCCCACAAACCAACCAUUUGUUCCCCUCUUCCUCCUCCGUCCGCCAUGGCCAGACUGUUCCCAAGCAUUUCAAAUCCUUCUCAUCAUCAUCAUCAUCAUCUUCUUCCAUUUUCCUCAACAAAUUUCUCAUUUCUCAUCUCUUCAAUCGCAGUCCUCUCGAUCUUCGCUCUCGUGGUUUUCCUCUGCACUUCUUCCAGAAAAUCGAACAAGUCGCAGCAGCGGAGGAAUUUCGUGUCGAAGAUGAACAGUAACAUCAGUUCUAGAGCGAUUUCAAUGGCGAAGAUGAUUUCGUGGAGAAAAGUGGAGGCGGCCGAUGAAGAAGACGAAGAAGAAAGAAGAGGUAGUUGUAAUUUGAGUGGUGACGAUGAAGAAGAAGAUGAAGAAGAGGUUUGGAGGAAAACGAUUAUUAGAGGUGAACGAUGUCGUCCGUUGGAAUUUUCUGAUUCAGUGUUACACAAUAUGAGGCUAGACUACACGAUUUGGUUGAGAGCCUAUGCAAUAGACUCUUUUCUCUACACGAUUGAAGAAAACUCUAUGUGAUAGCUCGUUCUUCAUUAAUUCGUCUUCCUCUUCCAAACCUCAAACUCCCUCCUAAUCAAAAUACCCAGAGCCCACAACUCCUGGGUUCUCACCC